AUGCCGACGCUGCUUCUUCGGUAUCGCGGUGGACGGGACGAGACCAUUGGAUAUCCAUUAUUGUGUGCGAGCUGGGAUGAGAGCUUCCACCUCGAUCGCCUCUCCUUCCGACCUCUCGGCGCAAUGGCUUCCAACACGUCACAGACUCCCGGCGCGCAGAAGCUCGACUUCACCCUGCCUGUCCCUCCACCACUAAUGCACACCCGCUCCACCAACGACGCUCGCAGUAUGCCUGGCACGCCGAUACACGACCAAGAUGCAUUCAUCUCGCCGCCGCAAACCCCUCAAGGCAGUCCGAGCAAGAACAAAAUGCCUCCGGGCGCCUUUGACCUGCCCAAUGUCUUCGCAAACGCUAUGAAGCUCCUGCCCACACAAGGACAAUCAAACCACGGUGCGCUCCAGUCGAGACAGCAGGGAGCGGGCACACCCAACAAAUACGACUACGAGAUCGACCCAUUCGCCGCAGCGGACGCUAAAGCAGGCGCGCCAGGCAGUCCCACCCGCAAGAAUGGCAAGGAGAACACACCGCCGAGCAGUCGUCCGCAAAUACAACAAACACAGAGCUUCAUCAAUCAGGCCGCUGCGAGCCGACAGGCACCAUACAGCUCGCGAGAAGACCUCUCACCUGGCCGCCAACCCAAGACCAUCUCGAAUGGACUGACGCAAGAGGAGAUUGAAAAGCUACAAAAGCCGAGUGUUAAGAGACUGGCAAAUGUUACACAACUUUACUUCCUCGACUACUACUACGAUCUGUUGUCGUACGUCCACAACCGUCAAAAUCGCUUGCAAGCAUUCAAGGCGCACAACCCUCCACCAACACCGUCAAUGCCCGCAGGAGAUGUGGAUAAGCACGAUCAAUUGUGGACGCAAUACCUGGGCCAUGAGCGUGCGAACCUCCGACAGCGACGGACCAGACUUCGACAGGGCGAUUUCCAGAUCCUGACUCAAAUCGGCCAGGGUGGGUACGGACAGGUGUAUUUGGCAUCGAAGAAGGAUACCCGUGAGAUUUGCGCCCUCAAGGUCAUGAGCAAGAAGCUGCUUUUCAAGCUGGAUGAAGUCCGUCACGUCCUCACCGAGCGCGACAUUCUCACCAAUGCUAAGAGCGAGUGGUUGACACGCUUGUUGUAUGCAUUCCAAGACGACAACAGCAUCUACCUGGCAAUGGAGUAUGUUCCCGGCGGCGACUUCCGCACGCUGCUGAACAACACUGGUGUACUACACAACCGUCAUGCUCGAUUUUACAUUUCCGAAAUGUUUCUUUGUGUUGAUGCCCUGCACACCCUCGGAUAUAUUCAUCGCGAUCUGAAGCCGGAGAACUUCCUCAUCGACGGGACGGGUCACGUCAAGCUCACAGAUUUUGGGCUGGCUGCGGGCUUCCUCGCUCCUGCCAAGAUCGAGAGCAUGCGGAUCAAGCUCGAGGAAGUCGGCAAUCUCCCAUCCUCAGCAAUUCCUUUUGGUCGACCCAUGGAGGACCGGUCUCUUUCCGAGCGUCGUGAAGGCUACCGUUCGCUGAGAGAGCGCGACGUCAAUUACGCCAAAUCCAUUGUUGGGUCACCAGAUUACAUGGCUCCCGAAGUGCUCAAGGGUGACGAGUACGAUUUCACUGUCGACUACUGGUCUCUCGGCUGCAUGCUCUUCGAGGCUCUUGCCGGCUACCCUCCAUUCGCUGGAGCAUCGGUAGAUGAGACCUGGCAGAAUUUGAAGCGAUGGCAGCAAGUAUUGCGCAAGCCGGAAUACGAAGACCCGAGCUACUUCCUCUCUCGUCGCACGUGGGAUCUCAUCACCCGCCUCAUCAACGUCAAGGGCAACAGACUGCGCGGCAUCAAUCAGGUCAAAGAUCAUGACUACUUCAAGGAGGUGUCCUGGGAUAAGAUACGACAGGAGCGCGCACCGUUUGUGCCGGAACUCGACUCAGAGACGGAUGCUGGUUACUUUGACGACUUUGGCAACGAGAAGGAUAUGGCCAAAUACAAAGAGGUUUUGGAGAAGCAGGAGGCUCUCGAGCGAAUGGCAGAUCGGGGUGGCGAGAUUGGACGCUCUCAGUUCGUGGGCUUCACAUUCAGACAUCGCAAGCCUGCCACGGAGGACGGUGGUCGACCCGCUAGCCCGCGUAAACCACUCGCGGAGGUCAACGAGAACUUCGGCACCAUGUUCUAG